AUGAAUAUUGGAUUAAAUUAUUUUUUAUUUUAUAAGAGAAAUCAAAAAAAACAAUAAAAGAAUCAGAAUUAAUUUAUUAAGGAAACAGAGAUGGAUUAAAUGGUAAUUCAUUUUGGAAUAAAUGUAAUGGUAAGUGUAAUCUACUUAUGAUAUUUUAAUCUUAGAGUGGAUAUAUCUUUGGUGGAUAUUCUCCAUGUUAAUGGUAAUAGAAUAAAAAUAAUUAUGUUUAAGAUGAUACAUUAUCAUCAUUCUUAUUUUCAUAAACACAUGAUUAAAUCUAUCCUUUGAAAUAAGAUUAAAAAUGUCAUGCCAUAUAUUGUAAUUCUGGAUAUGGACCUACAUUUGGAGGUGGUCAUGAUAUAUAAAUUACAAGUGACUUUAAAGAUGGUUAUUCUAAAUUAGGUCACUCAUAUUAAUGGGAUAAAUAUGAGAAUAAGUAUUCUACUAAUUUAUUUGGAUAAGAUAAACCAAAUAUUAGUGAAUGUGAAAUAUUUGAGUUAAAAUUUGUUUGA